AUGGACAUGCCAGAGGGCCAGGCAGGUGGCCCCACUGCAAAAAUGUACCUCUGGGACCAGGCAGAGGACGGGAACCUGGAGACACCGCUCAGCUUAGAGGAGCAAAUACUCAACUCCACGUUUGAAGCUUGUGACCCCCAGAGAACAGGCACUGUGGCUGUGAACCAUCUACUAGCCUACCUGGAGGCCGUGACUGGACGGGGUCCCCAGGAUGCUCGCCUCCAAACACUGGCCUGCAGCCUGGACCCCAAUGGGGAGGGCCCUCAGGCCACCGUGGACUUGGACACCUUCCUGGUGGUCAUGCGGGACUGGAUCACUGCCUGUCAGCUGGAUGGGGGAUCAGAGCUGGAAGAGGAGGCGGCCUUCGGGGGAGCCCUGGCCUCCCGGCAGCUGCCAUCUGGAUGCCCAGAAGUUGAGGAUCCGGCCAAUCUGGAGAGCUUCGGAGGCGAAGACCCCAGACCUGAGUUGCCCGCCACAGCCGACCUGCUGAGCAGCCUGGAGGACUUGGAGCUCAGCAACCGCAGGCUGGCUGGGGAGAAUGCCAAACUGCAGCGCAGCGUGGAGACAGCCGAGGAGGGGUCCGCUCGCCUCGGGGAGGAGAUCUCAGCCCUGCGUAAGCAGCUCCGCAGUACCCAGCAGGCUCUGCAGUUUGCCAGGGGCGUGGAUGAGGAGCUGGAGGACCUGAAGACUCUGGCCAAGAGCCUGGAGGAACAGAACCACAGCCUUCUGGCCCAGGCCCGGUACACGGAGAAGGAGCAGCAGCGUCUGGUGGCCGAGAUGGAGACUCUGCAGGAAGAGAAUGGGAAGCUCCUGGCCGAGCGGGACGGAGUGAAGAGGAGGAGUGAGGAGCUAGCCUCAGAGAAGGACAUCUUGAAGCGGCAGCUCUACGAGUGUGAACACCUCAUUUGCCAGCGAGAUGCAAUCCUCUCCGAGCGCACUCGCCACGCGGAGAGCCUGACCAAGACCUUGGAGGAGUACAGAGCCACAACCCAGGAACUGAGGCUGGAAAUCUCCCACCUGGAGGAGCAGCUGAGUCAGACCCAGGAGGGGCUGGAUGAGCUAUCCGAAGGAGCCCAGGUGAGGAGAGCAGACUGCACCAACCUAAUGCCGCCGUCACUGGGUGUGGAGAUCCAGGCCAUUCAGCAGAAACGAGAGGAGACAGCCGUCGAUCUCUCCAGCCCUCUGUGUGGAGUGUGGCCGUGGGAGAAGGUGGUCAGUGAGACGGAUGAGGAGGAUGAACUUCCUCCUGAAACCCCAGCUGAGGAGCAGGGAAACUUCCAGGGAGAGUCAGCGCACCCUCAGGAAGGAGAGGAGGAGCAAUUGACGUGGUUACCAAGAAGAGAGGAAGAGGACGGAGCAGAGAUCCAGGUCAUGGUGGACCUCCCCAUCCAUCCAGGAGACUCACACCCUGAAGACAUCCUCGGAAACCCUCCUGAGAGCCCCUCAGAACCAGAGCUGCAGCAAGCCCUGGUGCCCGUGGUGAAGGAGCUGGUCCCAGUCAGGAGGCCGGUCUGGAGCCAGCUCUGCCUGUGCCCCCCGCGCCCCCGGCUGCUCAGGGUCGCCCGGCUCCUCCUGAUCCCGGUGCCACUCCUGGGCCUGCUGCUGCUGCUGGUGCUCUCCGCCAAGCUGCUGAGCCAGUCCCCGCCCCCCACGUGGCCCCACCUCCAGCUCUGCUACCUCCAGCCUCCUCCAGUGUGA